AAACCACUCCCCCCAUUUAUUCUCCCUUUCCAAAUCUUCAUACCUAUGUAGAGUGUAGACUUGGUUUUACCCUCACCUGAGAACAGAGGAAACGGGCGAGCCACUGACUCACUGAGUGAGCUUCGCGACGCGCUGGUUGGAUCUCUCCUCGCUCUGGUAAUCUUCCUUUUUCUGCUCAGGUAACUGGAGAUCCAUCUGGUACACUUGUAAUUCCUCUAGGUGAAUCGAGCAAUCACUUGGAAGUCAUAGUUGUAAACUUUUAAGUGAGAUCUUUCUAAAGGGGUCUAAGAAAUAAAGAAAUGGAAAGCAGUACUGGUGGAACAUCUACUCCUACUGGGCCUACUGCACGGUUACGCCGGCGCAGAGGUUCAAAUGAGGUCCCUCCCGAAGUUGAUAGAGCAAAUGGUGGCCAAUUACUUGUUAAUGACAAUAACAAGUACAAGUCCAUGUUAAUCCGUGCACAAUCAUCUGCCUGGAUGAUUGGAGGAUUUGCCUUGCUUAUUUACAUGGGUCACCUUUAUAUCUGUGCCAUGAUUGUUGUUAUCCAAAUUUAUAUGGCCAAGGAGCUGUUCAUACUGCUUAGGAGGGUACGUGAAGACAGACACCUCCCGGGCUUUAGGCUAUUAAAUUGGCACUUUUUCUUCACAGCAAUGUUAUUUGUGUACGGUCGAAUUCUCAGUCAGAGGCUUGUUAAUACCGUUACAACAGACAAAUUUUUGUAUAAGCUUGUGGGAAGAGUAAUCAAGUAUCAUAUGGUUACCUGUUAUUUCUUGUACAUCGCAGGUUUCAUGUGGUUCAUUCUUACCCUGAAGAAGAAGAUGUACAAGUAUCAAUUCAGCCAAUAUGCAUGGACACACAUGAUUUUAAUUGUGGUUUUUACCCAAUCAUCGUUUACCGUGGCAAAUAUCUUUGAAGGCAUCUUCUGGUUCCUCCUACCAGCUUCACUAAUUGUCAUCAAUGACAUUGCCGCUUACAUUUUUGGAUUCUUCUUCGGAAGAACUCCUCUGAUCAAGAUCUCGCCAAAGAAAACUUGGGAAGGUUUUAUUGGCGCAUCUAUUGCUACCAUGAUCUCUGCCUUCCUGAUGGCAAAUGUAUUGGGCCAAUUUCAAUGGUUGACAUGUCCAAGGAAGGAUCUAUCGACUGGUUGGCUUCAAUGCGAUCCCGGUCCAUUGUUUAAGCCAGAACAUUUUUCUGUACCCGAGUGGUUUCCUGGUUGGUUCCCCUGGAAAGAGAUUUCUAUAUUGCCCGUACAGUGGCACGCCCUGUGUCUCGGUCUCUUUGCGUCAAUUAUAGCGCCAUUCGGAGGCUUUUUCGCCAGCGGCUUUAAGAGAGCUUUCAAGAUCAAGGAUUUCGGCGACAGCAUACCUGGACAUGGCGGAAUCACCGACAGAAUGGAUUGCCAGAUGGUGAUGGCUGUUUUCGCGUACAUUUACCACCAGUCGUUCGUGGUGCCUCAGAGCCUGUCGAUCGAGAUGAUCAUGGACCAGAUACUUAUAAACCUGACGUUCGAGGAGCAACGCGCUCUCUACAUCAAACUCGGGGAGGUGAUCAUGGAGCGGCAGUUCGGAGAAUCCUGAAGCUCAGGUAUGUUGUCACGGCCACCCUACCCUACCCUACCCUACAUUCUUGUUGCUGGUGUAUAUAUAAGAAAUUGGUGUGUGUGUGUAGGAAUUAGUGUAGUAGUAUUCAUUCCCUCCUAAUCUGAUCAUAUCACAUCAUAUAAUAUCCUGUGUUUCUUUCUUUUGUUUUUUAGUUAUUUUGCGUCUCCUCAGUGAGGACUCUAGCUUGUAAUAUUACAUUACUAUUUCACUUUGGUUGAAUUUUAUUUUUAUUUUUUCUUA